AUGGAAGGUGUGGUACAUUUUGUCCCUCUCAAUUCAGGUCGCAGAGAAUUUAAUCAGUAUCUAGAAAUAUACCAUGGAUUAAAAGAAAAAUAUCGACACAUACGGGUGGUUUUAACCGGCAAAGAAGGUACCGGUAAAACUACCAUAUGUCGCCGUCUUAAGAAUGAAUCUGUCGUCCUCAACUCGAGAGAGCCAACUGUAGGAGCUGUGGUACGUCCACAAUGUUUCUCAGUUGACUUGAAUUCCAGAACAUGGAAGUGUGAAAGUAACCGAUUGCCUGAUGAUGUAGUGAAAGCUCGUUUGGGAGCUGUGAGGAGAAACCAAGACACAAGCGAAAAAAAUGGUUCCAAAAAAGGCAGCACAAGAAAGCAAGUGUCUGUACGAGAAGUAUCUUUUGAACAACAUAAAGAGGCAAGAGCAGUCUUAACGGCUUCACGUCAUGCUGACUCUGAGUUGGCAUUCCUGUCCCUGUGGGAUAUGGGUGGACAAACGCCUUUCCAGGCUUCACACAACGUUUUUAUUUCAUCACACGGCGUGUAUCUACUAGUCUUUAGACUGACAGACUUUCUCAAAGAUAAGCUGGAAACAGUCCGCCUGAAAAAAUGGAUCAGAAUGAUCGGCACGUUUUCCUCAGUUGAACUGAAUGCACCUAAAACGAGAACAUGUGCUCCUCCGAUCAUUUUCGUAGGCACGUUUCUUGAUAAACUGAAGGAAAACAACGCGGACUACGACAAACAGCAACAGAACAUACGGUCAAGUAUCUCCAAAUUUCCCGAGCUCUCAUCUCACCAAUUUGUCAAGUUCUGUGCAGUCGACAACAGCCUCGGAAAUGAAGCCACAGACCUAAAAAUGUUAAGAGAUUUAAUCACAGAAGUCGCUGUUCAUCAGGAUCAGUGGGAAAGACAACUCCCUACCACGUGGUUAAAACUCGAGAUGGAUUUACUUCAAGCAAGAGAAAAAGGAACAAGGAUACUCAAAAUGGAAGAGAUUAUCAAGAUGAACAAAUCAUCUACAGCGCCAUUGUCUGAUGUAAAUGAAAUCAAACAUGCCCUGGAAUAUCUUCACUGCACAAGGUCUGUGAUUUAUUUUCGGGAGUUUGACUACGUCAUCAACGACCCCCAGUGGCUUGCCGAUUUCUUCAGUAUCCUGAUUACCGAUGACCAGUUUCUCCCAAAAGACGACCUUUCAAUGAUCAAGCACCAGGAGCAGUACCAAACAAAGGGCGAGUUGACACAGGAACUGAUUAACGGUCUCUUACGUCUGGAGAAGAAUAAAGCUUUCCUUCCACAUAAAUCCAUUCUUUUGGCGCUGAUGGAAAAAUUUGGGUUGAUAGUGAAAAUGCUGAUCUCAGGACCCGAAACUGAACAUCCACAGUUCAGUGAGACGUUCACCAUUCCAAGUAAACUGGUGGAGCUUCAAGACAUCGACGUAAUAACCAGAGAAAUCACCAGCCUGAAGAGUAGAUCGCUUGGUGUUUCUAAAGCAUUAUGCUUCGUAUUCAACGAUGUUUAUGUUCCUGAUGAGUUGUUUCAUAGAAUCUUUGCCCACAUCCUGAGGACGUACAAGCCGACAUCAUUGUCAACAAGAAGCCUCCAAACAACAACUGAAAUAGACCAGACGGGGUCGAGCAGUGGUAACGUUUGUCUUUAUAGAGGUUUUGGAUGUUUCGAGAUCAACGACCUCUGUAGAAUGAUCCUAUCCAUGCAGCCUGAGAGGUCCACUAUUGUCGUGACUGUAUUCAGUCCAACGGAAACGCAUCUUCCCGCAGAUUGUGGAAAAGACGUCAGGCUCUCAAUCGAAGGGAUUAUUCGUGACGCAUUGGAAAUGAGUGACCAGCAGCACUUUCAACAUACACACAAACUACACUGUAGUUUUUCCCUGAAUCCAUACGACACCCCUGUAGACCUGUACGGCAUCAACCGCUCAGAGAAGGGUGUGCCUUGUAAAGGGGGGGAUUGUCACGGACAACACCUACUGGUUAAAACGGACACAGCGUUUUGGCACAUUACAGAG